UGUGCCGCUGUUCUCACGGCUAGUCCAGAUCAUCCCUCCCGACCUGGCCCCUGCGUUGCUGGAGCACCACCGACACCUCGUAUCCAGCGAUGUGUCCAGCACGUAUCCAGCACCAGAAUCCAUCAUUAGGCCCGCACACCUCAUGAUGCCUCAAGCCGGCCCUGAUGUCGAGGACAUCAAGACGCUCACCGUGUCCAACUCAUCCACGAAGAACGGCGUCUUCAGCCUGGCCCAGGAGAGCCUCAACAAGGGCGUGUCUGUCACCCCCAUCCUGGGAAUACUUUACGUGUCGGAUGUGGAUCUUCUUCAGGAGGCUCUUGACGGAACCAACAGAGAGAAAGAGCCGCUGUUCAUUGAGCUUCUUCGUCGGGACGUCGCCCUCAGGACCUCACCCCCCGACAGGAGCGACCUCAACGACACUUUCAGUGAUGGUGUCGAGCGCUUCGAGGUUCUGCUGUGGUGGAGUCGCAGCCUCAGCCCAUGCCUGGACCAGGGAGCGCCAUUCCCUCCCACUCCCGAGAACCUGCCGGCACCCAGCAACCUGCAGACCUGCUCGUCCAUCACCUACAGCGACCUGUGCGAGAGCACCUGCGGACUGGCCACUGCCGCCUCAGGCACGGGCACGUGUCAGUGGCGCGCGUACGAAGGCACUGGCACGAGCGUGCGCUACGCCACGUGCUCGCCUGACCUGACCACGUGUCCGGACGGCCUCUGCGACGAGCUCGAGCAACUCCACUUCAAGAUCUGUCCACAGGACUGCGUCCUGGCAUCACGAGUCAGGGGACAAUACCACGAGCUCAACAGAGGGGGAGUGGGCAUAGCACGAGGGUUGGGGGUGUGCUCGUGCGACGACCACUGCACCUGCUUCCCCGCCGAGGAGACGGCGCCCGUCGGCCGCAACAAAGGGCGCCACGACUCCCGCACACCCGUCACGACCUCACAAGAGGAAGCAGUUGCUGAUCCUAUUCCCCAGCCCUGUCACCUCCACGAUUGCUUCAAGCUCUCCGGAGCUGUUCCAGGAGAGUGCGACACGAUAUGUCAGACUGGACUGGCAUGCCUGGUAUUGCUCGUUGUUGGCAUCGCCAUCGCUUACUUCAUCUGCCUACAGCGUAAGAAGAACAGCUGUAACGGCAAGCACAAAUCAGGCAGCCUGACUCUGGGAGCGCUGGCCCCCGACUUCAUGGAGGAGCGGCCGUCGGGAGCGAGUACCUCUCAUGGCGAGGCCCACACAACGGCACUUCAUGCAGUCAACGGCACUCCAGGGGCACGGCCAAGCUCCGUUGUCACCUCCACCAGCGCCCAUGCCAUCAUGGCAGAGUUCUUGCCCGUCGGCGCCCUUAGCGUGGACGUGGCAUGGGAGUUUCCGCGGUCGCAGCUAACGCUGGAGGAGACGUUGGGUGAGGGCGAGUUCGGCAAGGUGAUGAAGGGACGAGCGCUCGACAUCGCUGGCCGUCCUGGAAGCACGACGGUGGCCGUAAAGAUGCUGAAGCAGAACAGCACCCCUUCCGAACUGGGCGACCUGCUGUCAGAGUACAGCCUCCUGAAGGACGUCAACCACCCGAACGUGGUGAAGCUGCUGGGUGCUUGCACCAGCAGGGGAGGCCCCAUCUACCUCAUCAUCGAGUACUGCAAAUACGGCGCUCUUAGGAACUUCUUGCGGCGGUCUCGACACUACGAGUUCGAGGAGGGCGUGGGAGCCGCGCAGGACGCUGGCCAAGAUCUCACGGUGACGCCACGAGACCUGCUCUCCUUCGCUUGGCAGAUCUGCAAGGGCAUGACGUACCUCGCCAGCCUCAAGCUGGUGCAUCGAGACCUGGCGGCCCGGAACGUGCUGCUCGACGCCGACAGAGUUUGUAAAAUUUCUGACUUCGGCCUCACGAGGGACAUAUACGAGGACGAUCUCUACUUCAAGAAAAGCAAGAGUCGAGUUCCCGUAAAGUGGAUGGCUCCCGAGUCUCUGAUCGACCACGUUUACACCACCAAGAGUGACGUGUGGGGCUUUGGCGUGCUUCUGUGGGAGCUCGUCAACCUCGGCUCAACUCCUUACCCGGGAGUCUCACUGGAAUCCCUCUAUGACCUCCUGAAAGGGGGCUACAGAAUGGAGCGCCCUCACAACUGCUCUCAAGAACUGUACGAGGUGAUGCUAUUUUGCUGGGAUGCCGACCCGCACCGACGACCGGACUUCCGGCAGCUCACGGAGAUCUUCGAGGCGAUGAUCACAGCCAGCGUGGAGUACCUUGAGGUCAGGAGUCUCAUGGUCACCAACAGGACCUACUUCGGCGGCUCAGUUGUGCCAGCUCCCCAUCAGUUUCGGGAUGAUGGGUCCCACUCUCAGGGCUCCUGGCAGACUCUCAACUUCGACAUAUCUGAGGAAGGCUCAAGUUCGAGGCCGAUUGAAGCGGCGCGGGAUGAGUCGUAUCUAAGGGCUCGUAGCAGUCAUCCUUCCUUUGAGGAAGCCGGGGAUCUACUCAUACCCUCUACCCCCGCACAACUCAGCCCCCAAUGUCCCCAAAACGUCAGCGUUACUACACACAAUACACACAAUCCUGUUCUAAGUGACUCAAGCACCUCACGACAUCUACACCAUAACCACAGAGGCGUGCCCCACAGCAGAACUUCCAAUCACUCUGGAACAAGUGGGGCUUCUCCAUCCUCAGCCUAUCAGCCCCCCAACCGAUCAAUGCAGCCCCAGCAGUGGGGUCAUGAUAUGAUAACCUUCGAUGGGAGCAGACCGCACGCUGACGUCCACAACCCUGUCUAUCUCCCCUCGGGGGAUGAGCAUCAACUCUCCUCUUCCGAUGGUCGUCGCCUCUCCUCGUCUGAUCAUCGCCGCCUAUCGUCCAUCGACGAUCGUCGUCUAUCGUCAGGCAAUUCGUCUGUGGCAGAGCGUCGCCUGUCAUCAGGAGAUGAACGCUGUUCGUCGUCAACGGGCGCGCAAGUUGACGAACGGCGACUGCCGUGCUUAUCGCCCGUGUCCCAGUCGUCUGUGGUUAACGGUAGACGCUAUAGCGGCCACAGUGACACUAACAGCAGCAACAGCAACACAUACAGCAACAAGAGCAGUGUUGACACCAAUCAUUACACUAACGUACCCUGCGGCACAUCACCACUCCCGCCCGUGCCCGUCAUACACUACUCAACACUGGCUAAUGGGCCAGAUGAAGAGGAGUAUGUGCAGGAGGCGUGUCGCAGCGAGGGGGACUCCGACAGCGGCAGGGGCCCUGACUCAGGGUACGUGACGGAGGAGACUCGUCGUCCAGCCUCGUCGUCCUCGUUGCCGUCCCCUCUACCGCCCAUCACCCACACGCCGUCCACCACACAUGGUAUCCCCUCAACCUCUGUGACACGUCCCAGCGUUCCUACGAGCUCUCCUGCGGCUUGUAAGACCAAACGAGGCUUCUACGCUGCCGUCGCUCCUCAUGAAGACGAAGAAGAUACGUCUGAAGAGCUCGAAGAGCGCCAUGAGCUUUUAGUUGACGAGCACAUCGUCUUGGGGUCACGACGAAGAAGUUUAUCCCCCGCUGUUGUCAACAAAAGAGGGAAGAGUCCCUCUGGCAGCACGGGCAGCAGUCGCAGGACUCCUGUCGUAGUAUAAAAUUGUGCACUCAUCAAUUUGUUACAUCAUGAUUCUUUAAUCCUCUUCAUCACCAAAUACUUGAACUUUAUCAUCAUAGGCAUAAGGACCAGAUAACUUCUCACCCACUCGGAGAAAACCAAAUCUUGACGCUGCUGCAUUCGACUUACGACUUUUGAUAUUCUCAGGCUGCAUUUGCCUCUCGUGUAAAAUGUACUGCGUCGUGUCAAAAUCAGGGCUUUGUUAACCCUCAAGCUCAACGGAAAAAUCAGCAUCUGUACAUAGUAUGCAUUAAAAUGUAUACUUCCUAGAUGACUUCCGACAAGCAGGAAUUGGAAUCGCGCUUACGUGCUGCAUUCAAGCGCUUCGAUUCUUCUGAGAAGAAUUUUAUAAAGUCGUUUGCAGCAGAGCGGUGAGCCUUUAGCGAGAAUGUUCAUGAAUUUGUCUAACUGAUAAUCUAAACUUUUCUCGCUUCCCAUUCAGGCACGCAGUGUUAGGGUCAAUCAUAAUUGUAGCGUAUUAGUGUGUAGUUCACUGUUAGAAGUGUUCGCGUAUGAAAGCGCGCUGUUCGUGCGAGACGUCGCUCCGUCUUCACUGUCAAGUCAAUCGGCCAUUGCUAUGGUAAUUGUUUCUAUUGCACCUCGAUGAUCCCAUGCAAGGAAUUUCUCCGCCGUCUUGAUGAUCUAUUCGUACUGUGUAUCACAGGUGAUCUAAGUUCGUCUCUACUUGGUCUCAGACGUCUACCUUGGAGUGAAUGCGAAGCUUAUUUGUAAAGUACAGACGGAACUUGCAGUUUCCGGCUCUGAAUCUCCGAAACGACUCAUCAAACUUGCUGGACAUCUGAGACCAAGUAAAUGCGGUUUGAUGGAUUCGUGUCCGUAAUACCCGUAAUUAGUAAGAGUGGGUAGCCUCACUUGAUAUUCGGCGUGUAUAAGAGUGGCCUUUGUAGAGGCUAUAUGGGGCCGUCGCAUUGUAAUCUCUCUGGCAACAUGAAUGUAACUUCCACUUGCAAUUUCUGUAGGAACGCGCCCGCUUGCUUUCUUCGAACAGCUAAAUUCAUUUGACAUAUUCUCUUUUUUAAAUUAUUUCAAAAUCGGUGGGAAUGGGAAAAUGCUUCUAAAUUACUGAAGCAUUAGUCAAUUACUGAAGUCGAAAAACUUGGUUAACUUCAUCUAGUUGCGUUUCUGGAAGAUCAGUAUAGGCACUUAUAUAGAAAGAGUUUUUAGGCAAUGUACGGAUAAUGUUGAAAUGGUACCUGUUCAUAAACUCUAUACAUAUUACGUGUUAAUACUUAACAAUGAUAUAUGAGAGAAUAAUAGCAGAAUAAAUAAGUAAAAGUUCUAGUCUGAGUAGCGUUGUGCGUUUCGCUCCUCUAAUUGUUAAUUGACUGUUAAAGAAAUAUUUUAUGUUGUUUGUUAUUGUUCCUCAGUUUAUGGAGUCAUAUCUCUUUUAAUAGUCCUUGAACUACUAUUAGACUAACAUUCCUUUAUAUGCCAUGCAUGUAAAAAUUAUUCAUGAAUUAAGUUAUUGUGACAAGUGGGGGUUAAAUAAUUUUCAUAAGAUAACAUCUAGUCCGUAAACGAAUGUACGUAAAUCACUGAUAUUGGGUAACAUUCACCAGGUGAAAGAAUGUAAAUUACUACUGACAUCAGAUAACAUUUACAAGGUACAUGACUGGUUGGAUGUUUAUCACUGACACGAUCCAUGAAAACAGAAAUUUUAAGUAUGGGUUCGUCAUUUACCUGCAUCAUUUUGAGCAGCCAACUAAAUUUAUGCAUGUACUUGUUUGUUUCCAAUAUCAGAGUAAUUAACUAGACUUUUUUUCUUUAGCCGUACCAAAAUUUUUCCAAGUAAAUAUUGCGCAAAUAAAUUUCAUGUUCGAGUGAAUGAAAUGCAUGGUGUUUGAAGCAAUCUCAUUGGCCAGCUCUAGGUAUGUGUAAAGUUUGUAUGUGUGGUUGCAAGGUAUAGAUUCUCUGUUGAUGUACGUAGUAUGAAUGCUCGGAUCAGGACCGGCGUUGCGUUUAGGCUGGCAUGCUUAGUUUUGAAAGUUGGUUGAGGUUGUCUUCUAGCCGCCGUAUUUGAUGUUGCUUACUUAGGUAUUUGAACUUCAUUAUACUCAGCAGUCAGGCGACUAGUAGCGGAGCAAUAACCUCAAACCAGGGAGCUCACAGAAAGACAAAGAUUUCUUGGUGAAUCCAGAUACCCUUGCUCCAAAUGAUCGUCUAUAAAAAGUACUGACUACUGAUGGAAUAAGUACCAUUACCGGAAAUUAACUUAACAGUAUCCUGAGAACGACGCCUCAAUACCUUACCGCCCAUCUGCCUAAUAAUUCUGAUAUAAACUUUUUAAUAAAAAUAAUCCAUUAUUCUUCGUGUUCAGAUAAGAGUUAUUCGCUUUUUCCGUGGUACGAAUAGCACCUCAUCUUCCGCUGCGUGAGAUCGUCAGUCAUUGUUGGGCUCGUUACUUGAUAUUUGGACGUAACGACGUCUCAAUGACGAGUCCAGGUUAGCUCAGCGUUGAAAUUCAUAAAUGCCUCUACGAUCCCACUAAAUUUAUAUUUUUCUACAAGUGUAACUAAGGUGGUGUAAGCAUCCAAUUGAAUAUAAUUUUUAAGUAACUCAGCCUCGCUUUGUCGGGAGCUCAUGAAUCGAAAUCGCAAAGUUAGGUAUCGUUUUUACAUAUAACUACUUGUAUCCAGGUAUAGAUUCCUUCCUAUAGAGUUAAUGAUGAAAUUUAAGGAAUUUGUAGGUCCAAUCCAAUCACUUGAGUAACUUAUGCAAAUUAUUUUCAUAGGACUUCCUUCCACCAAUUGCAUGAAUUUGACUCAACUACGACUUUUCUCUUAAAUACGUCUUACCUCUACGCUACUUUACCAUAACUACAACUUCCUCUUCACAGGACUUAUCAUUUCGCUGCACGUUUCAUUUCAUUCUCACGCGCCUUAAACAAUCUGACCGAAUAUCAGAGCUCGGCCUUCUCUCCGCAUCGCUCGUCUAACUCAGUUCAGCUAUGAAUGUUGAGCGUCCACGAGUCAGGCGAAGACUCGCUUAUUUAACCAAGAGAGCGGCCAUGUCCUUUUUACUUCGAUUUUUUCUUAAGUGGCUAUAAGCCCGUCUUUUUUAUUACAAUUGAGGCAUCGUUUCAACAAUUCCUUUUGACAAUGAAUUUAAUAAAUUGAAGCUUAAUAUUAUUACUGGGAUUUUUUCAGUUAUGAAAGUUAAAUUAUAACGAAUUUAAACCUUUCUCAACACUCCGUGAGGUCCACCCUAAUACUUGCAGUAGCUGCUGCUCACUGAAGGUUAUUUCUACUCUGUCGAGUACACUGCAUUUCUGCAUUUGUCCUGUUUCUGGUUGUCAUCUGCAGAUGAUGUGGGUCAGCCUCAGAGCAGAAGCCCAAUGUUGAUUUGCACUACAGUGACGCCGCACUUUAUCUAACCAAUCUGUUCCGAAUGCUUAUUCGUUAAACGGAAUCCUAAUUUACAUGUACACUAUGUGAGACCGGUUGAGAAGAAAAAUGAAACAAAUAUGCGAUUGUGCGGUACAUUCAUGACUCUAUGUGCGUUACAACCGAUGAAAAAGUCACUACUGCGCUCUUCAUUUAAUUUAGUUCUACUUUUAUUUUUAAGCGAAUAUGAAUACAAUAAAUGAAGUCAUACUAAACGUACUUUAAGUGAGAGCGAAUUGAGUGAUUUUCUCUUUAAGCUACUGAAGGCAAGAUUGAACUUUAACGUCGAUCGCAGUGUAGAGGAGUGCAAGAUUUUAUUCCUGCUGCUGAUGAGCUGUUGAACCGUAUAUAAGAGAGUAUUGAUGAAAUUAUCAGAGCAACUUACGCAUAACCGUUCUCUACUUAUUUCAUAUAUUUUCAUGUGUAUUAUUUCCACUUUUUCCUCGUGAGCACAUAUUUUCGUCGUGUUUACUGUAUGCACUUCUCAUAGCUCCUGGCGAGCUGCUUGUUGAGGCGAUUUAGAUGCACCAUAUCCGUCGUAGUUUGCCUGAUCCUGUAUUCAGUUAUUCUCCUACCCUAAUAUUUAAAUAAGUUCACUUCAUGUUCCUUUGCAGGUUCUAGGCCGAAAGUUAUAAAUGAGUUCCAUGCGCAGUAUCUGAUCUCUUUAAUUUCAUACUGGUCAUCCAAAUCUGGUCUAAUAUCUCUGUGUAAAACCUAACUGAUUUUGUAGCAGCUCCCGAGCAACCGAAUGCUAGCCGCCGCACAGCGCUGCAUCAGCUGACCAAGGCUUGUAUGCCAUCGCCUGGUCAUGUCAAGUAUCUUUUCAUUCUUUAUAACGGAUGCCGUGACUUUAUUCUUGGAUCAUUUAGAACUUGUUUAAUAAAUAAUCGCUGUGAAAUAUUUAUGUGAAAUAAAGCACAUCUAUAGCUAUUCCGUUCGGCGCUUGUAACGAGCUAACUCUACCCGUUGUUGCUGCUGCUAUUCGUUUCUCCUUAUCACGUUUAUGGUUAAGAAAACUAAUUUAAAGGGUUUUAAAGUGUUACGAUUCCUUUUUGUGACUCUUUAGUGUUUAUUUGCAUCUAAAAUAGUUUGCUAAGUCGUAAAGUUGGGAGUUCGCUCAAGUAGUGAAUCUUUCUAUUGUUCCAAUGAGAAAUAAUUAUUGUAUAUGAUACAUUAUGAAUUGCUUUAAUUUUACAUGUUUCUAAAUCUGAAACAAGUUCAUCUCGAGGGAAGACUUUUAUUUGAAUGCAUCGUACUGUUUUGGUUCUCUUCCACUUUCAACAAGUAAAUGCUUACUAGUCUAUAUGCUCUGCUAAGGUACUCCAAAUGUGAAAAUGUUCUACCAGAAUACUGUAAGAGCCGUACAAACUAUCCCUCUGCAUGGCAUCAUUUGUAUAAUUGUUGGAUGUUCAUAAUGAGUUUACUUGGUUUAAUGAAAUUUUUCCAAUUUCAACACAAUUGUUAACGUUAAUAAAUUUGGUUGAUUGUUCUGUCAUUUUGAUGAUCUGAUGACUAUUCUACACACACUUCCUUUGUUUUUGAAGGUUCGAGCAUUUCGCAGACCUUUGGCUUGGCUUGAAAAUUAUUGAUUUGGAUUCAUCCAUUUACGCGAGGCAAAGCCAUUGAGCCAUGGAGCCACAAAUUUAACUUUUAAUAAACUAUCCCUGAAGCUGGAGUCUCUCCUCAGCAAGGAAUAGCUACUCUGAGCUUCAGAGUAUAAGUACUGCAGACCACGCAGGAUCACCGUAAGCCUAACCUUCCCUGUAACUGGACUGUCUUACUUCAUGUCCUCCUUUUUGGACAUUACCCUGCUUCUCAGAGUACAAGGCCAUCGUGUCUCAACUCCCAGAGCAUAACUACGAAUAAUCCUACCUCCCAUGAAGAAUUAAUACAGCCGGAGUAGGUAUGGAGGUAGGGUUAGGUAUACGGAGUUAUGUUCAGAAAUGUGGGGUAAAUAGCUUUAUAUUCUGUUCUGAAAUUUCUUUCAUAAUUUCCGUACAAUGGCCUCGUUGCCAAUUAUGCUAACGACGAAAAUCAUUUGGAGAACGAACCAACGUGAAUUUUGAUGUUUUGAGUCGACUUCUUUCUGUAAGUAAUAUGCGUUUGAACGGAAUAGUCGCUUUUAAAUGUUGAUGUUCAUUUUAUGUACUCGAUAUUUCUUGUACGUGCUCUAUUUCGUAUACGAAGUUACAUGAUUAUUUGACUAUGCGGAGUUUAAACCUGUCAUAGUUCUUACGAUCAUGUGCACUGUGCAGUUUCUUUAAGAAACGCGCGUACAGCAUUUAAUAAGAGUCACUACCUUUGACUUCAGAUUCCUAAUGUUGACCUAUUGGAUUAUUAUGAGAAUAUUUUCAUGGUUCACUUACUUUUAGCGCUUUGUGUAACGUUUUUCAUAUAAAAAUCAUGCGGCAUUGCAGAGAACUCCUCAGCUGAAUAUACUUCAUGAUGCUGAGACUCGUCCUACAUGAUGACGUGUCGAUUCUUUCAACACCAAACAACCUAUACAAGUUGGGAUGUCAUGAUUUUUCAGCGAACCGUUUAUUCAAAUAAUAAUGUUAAAUCACUGGUGUUAACACUGAAAUUAAGAUCAUCGUAUCGUUUCUGAUGAUGUUAUUCUGAAACCUUGUGUGGGAAGCGCAGGUUAUCCAGUUGUCAACUCUAUAUAGUUUCACUGAGCGGCCUCGUGCUGUGGAGCCUGACGCACACACGCUUCGUAAUACAGAAAGCUACUUUUCCGUAAUAAAAAAUUGGAAAUUA